UUAACCCAGCAACACCCGCAGUCGCCGCCGCCAUCACCCACUGCAACUGCGACCGCAACUGGCAACCGAGACAGACAGAGCGGCUGCAUCCUGAAUGCAUCAACAUUCAUCGCGUGUGUGUGCGUGUGUCGGCAAGUGAGUUUUGCCCAUGUCCUGUUGUUGCUUCAGCAAGUGAGUGAGUAACAGCAGCACAGACGCACAUAGGCACGGAGAAGCUCAAAGAGAAGUGUCGAAGGAAAAGCAGCAGCACGCACAAGCACAGCACGUACCCACAACCCACACACACACGACACACACAGACGAGCAGACCUCCUCUCCUCCCCCCCCCCACACACUCUUCGUGUCCCUUUCUCCCCCUUCUGCAGCAGCAACAGCAGAAGCAGCAUUUACCGUGCGUGCGUGUUUGGCUGAGGAGGUUGUUGUGGCGGCUUGGAGCCGUGGCAGCAAGUGAGAGACGCCAUGGCAGUAACGAGGAGCUACCGGGAGCUGAUGGUUGUGCGAGGAAGACGAUCACAGCGUCAACGCAACAUCAGCAUGCAUGCCGCUGGUGUUGCUCCUGCUGCUGCUGUGUUGCUGGCGCUGGUGAUGCUGGCAGCCACAGCCCCGACAAGAAUGCCCAUGAUGGUGUCUGCAGCGCCGGUCUACAAGGCUGGGAUUGAGCUGCAAACAAGGACGGAGUGCCUGCCUCACCACGAGCAGCUUCUGCAGCACCGGGAGGCAGAGGAGUUGAAGGUGGCGCCGCUCACCUUCUUCGUGACAGAGCGCCACAUGACCGCGUGCGAUGCAAACGCCGUGGCAUCCAUGGAUGUGAGUGGCGUCCUGCAGAGCUGGACUGAUGAGCCCACAACCGAUCUCUUGCUCGUCUUCCGCCAACCGGAUAUGUGCGAGCAGGCGUUCAUGCACAUGGUUGUUCCCUUUGAUGGGUCCAUCGCCAGCAGCGACACGCACCGGCGCGAGCGGCUGCAGUCCACGUUUCCCUCGCCAAUGGGCGCCCUCCAGGACUCGGUGUUUGUGGACGAGGAUGCCGACGAGUGUGCAGACUUUCCCGCCCUGACAAAGGCACAUGUUCGCCUGCCAAACGUUACGGUGCGCUGCGACGCCCCAUAUGGCACAGCGCUGCACGCCAGCAUGGACGUCUGCAUGCUCUGGCACAAGCGGAACAACAACCGCUGCACCGACCUCCAGCGGUGUGACCCCUCGUGUGUCAACGCCGGCGACUGUUGCAGCGAUUAUGUCUCGUAUUGCAUCAACAAAGAAGUGCCAGACGCAGGCGGCGUGCUCCCGGGCGACAACAAACGCUUUCAAGUCCACCGUCUUGGCAACGGCCCAAUCAUCAAUGCCGACACCUUUGGCCUGGACCCGUACUGGACGUCCAUCAUCGCCGCCAACAUCAACGGGCCCUCCCUCAUCAAGGUUCCAUCUUGGGUGUCGAAUCCUUUGGGCAGAUACUACCUCUACUUUGCCCACCACAAGGGCGCGUACAUUCGGCUUGCGUUUGCGGAUCACAUUGCGGGGCCCUACACCAUCUACGACCCCGGCGUGCUGCAGAUGGAGGACGGCCCGGGCGCGAACCACAUUGCCAGUCCAGAUAUCAUCAUCGAUGAGGAGAACCAGCUGCUGCGCAUGUACUUCCACCAGCCCCGCUCUGACGCAGACCUCACCCAGUUCUCCUACGUGGCCAUGUCAACCGACGGCUUGCAAUUCGUGGCGCACACACAAGAACUUGGCCCGCCUUAUUUCCGCGUGUUCCGCCACGACAACAUGUGGUAUGCCUACGCCAAGGACUAUUGGAGGGGCGGCAUUUGGGCAAGAUCAGAGGACGGCCUAUCCAGUUUUGAGCUGGGAAACAUCUGUCUGCAAGGGGCCCACCCAGCACGCCACACGGCAGUGUGGGUUGACGGCCACAAGCUGUAUCUCUUCUACUCGCGCAUCUAUGACACUCCAGAGACCAUCUACGUGACGAUGAUUGACCUGCGAAAGCCGUGGGAGGAGUGGGAGUGCCAGCAUGGCAUUCUUCUCAUCAAACCAGAGCACGACUACGAAGGCGCCAACGUGCCCGUUCGCACGUCCUACCCUGGCGUGUCGUACUCGCCCGUGCAUGAGCUGCGUGAUCCCGCCAUCUAUGAGGAGGACGGUCGCGUGUACCUUGUCUACUCCGUGCAGGGCGAGCUUGGCCUGGCCAUUGCAGAGAUCACCUGGACCUUCACAGACACAGAGAACUAA